AUGUUCUCCAUCGUCAAUCGAGCAUCUUUCACGGAUUUGGGCAACAAGGCAUCGAAACGAGAAGAUCCUAAGACCCUCGAGAAGCUACGAAGCCAUGGCAUGACGGCUGAGCGGUGGGAGGAGAGGCUUCAGAUGGCUAAAGACAUUGAAGAAACCAUCAUGUAUCUCAAGCGCGAUCAUAAUACCGUGUGGAGCAUGACGAAGGUAUUCGACGAGGUAAGAUGA